CGCCCGUCUCCAAAACCGUGCCUCGGGACAUGUAAGAUACGAGGAUCAGUUCAGAACUCGACUCGGACGUUGGAGUUGACGUUAUUUUGGCCGACGUCGUCUUUUCACCUGCCGUACAAGUAGUGUACCGGCGACCUCCUUCGUCUCCGGGAAGGUGCAUCGUGAGUACUUUUGUUAGGGCUACAUUUAUAUGGUGAGCGACGCGUUCGGGGUGGUGAGUCUCUCGUCAGAUGUGGCGGAAGGCCAGGCUUGUCGCGGUAAAUGAACAUGCCCACGAUGCGUCCAUCAAAGGCAUUUCGGCGGGGUCCUGGCCGUUCGCCGCCUCCGAGCCGCUGCACUUGUCCUUUUCUUCGUCGUCUAUCGACGCGAAGUCUCCGUCGAUUUUUGCCACCGCGGGAAUGGAUGGCGUCGCCCGUGUGUGGCGCCUUGUUGACGGUAAAGUCACCGAACGAUUACGACGUGUCACGGUCCUCGAGGGACACAGCGCAGGGGUGCGUGCAGUCGCGCUGCCUCCUCCGCACCGUCCACAUCGCCCCACCGCGAUGCGUCUUGGUGCUGUAACUACAUCGUACGAUGCAACUGUACGACUUUGGUACAUAGGAGACAAGACCCAACGCUGCUUCGUGACACAACCACUGCGGGGGCAUGCUGCUCCUGUCCUCGCGGCAACUAUCGCGCCAAACGGAAAGGUGCUCGCGACAGGUGGAGAAGACGGGCGCGUCUGCUUGUGGAGUCUGAGUGACUCGAAAGAUAGUGACUGCAACUUGGUAACGGACUCGCUGUUUCGGUGCCAGUCUCCGUCCACUGCCUCUCCACGACCGGGCACGCUUGACCCUAUCGCAAGCGUGAACGUGUAUGAACGAUCCCCCGUGCGUUGUGUUGCCUGGAGCACAGACGAGUGCGCGGCGACCGGAGGAGAGGAUGGGUCGAUUCGCGUGUGGAGCAAAGCAAAUGGGGGCGGUAUGGCGAAGUGCGUUUUUGUGCUCGCCGGACACUUUGCCGCGGUUACUUCGAUCGCGCUAUGCCCGAGAAAGCACACUCGUAAGAACGUGGGCAGGACGAAAAAAGGCCAAGACUUGAUAGGGGAACGAUCCCGGCUUCUCGCAGGCUGUGACGAAGGCUUCUUCCAAGUAUGGCGUGUGGAUGUUAGGGAUGAGAAGAAGGACAACGCGAUCGCAACGCUGACGUGGGAAUGGGGAGAUAGAGCACACGUGGGAACUGUGAGGUGUGCGCUACUCUUCACAACUGAUGCUGGACUCGUUGUGAGUUCAAGUGAGGACCGGACCGUGCGUCUGUGGGACCUACAAUCGGGCGAAUGUGUCAACGUGUUACUUACGGGCUCAGCUGCAGCGGUAGAGUGCGUGUCGUUCUCGUUUUGUGGGUACUUCUUGGGCGUCGGCAUCGCUAAUGGAUCUCUGCAGGUGUGGAGGGAUGACACAGACAAUUCACCUGCCGCAGAUUUUGAUGCUUCAUCCGUGAUGACGACAGUUGCGGCUCGUAUAGAGCUAGGCAUCCGCCCACUUCUUCACCCACACGAUUUUGAGUCGUCAGUUGCAGCUGAGUCUGCUGCGGGCACAGCGGUGACAUCAUCUCUUUUACGUGAGGCUUUCGAUGCGGCAAAUGAGGAUGCUUUAGCAGCAUUGCCUCGAAUCGACAAGGCAGUGCUGGUGUCAGGUGUUGCUAAUGUUGAGCGAUAUAGGGGAGAAAUACAAGUUGUUCGUGGAGCGUCUGGCGCGCUGCAGACACUGUGCAUAGUAUGCCAUGAAUGGAUCGAGCUAAAAUGUGUUGGCGGCGGCGACGGACGUGACCUGGCGAUGCCAUUGCCAUGUGGGCACAUUUUCCAUCGCUCGUGCAUAUUACCUUGGUUAUUGAACAGUACGACGUGCCCCACUUGUCGCGCGAGUGUGUUCAAAACCGGAGGCAUCAAACCGACUGCGUGCACCCUCCUCUCCAAGGCGUCAGACUGCUCCAGACUGUGAUCUCACACGUUGAGAAGAGGAGCACAGCUUUUAUUGGACUAAUCGUUUGGACUGUCGUAUCUUUGGAGGCAGUUGACACCUUGAGGGUGACCACUGCAUACAGUGCUCGAAGUUAGUUCCAUAGACUUAUGUACAAACGCGUUCUUCAGAAACAAAUUGGCUGGCUCAUGCACAUCAGCUAGGGUCUAUUCUUCACAUUUGAGUUGUUCUUUGCACAGUUCAGCACGAAAAGUACUCCAGAAACCGUUUAGCUUUUCACUUUAUGAAGAAUAUUCGUUGAUUAAAAGUGGAUUUGAACGAGUUCUUCCUUUUAUUCAGAACAACAACACCGCAAGUCGAGGACUACAACAGCGUUGUGAGCCGCUUCAACUGAACACUGUUUUUUUCACUGUUCUUCAUGUGGGCUUUCAUGUUAAUAAAAAAAUGUUUUAUUCAC